AGAGCCUAGGGUUUCACUAUAAAUAUAUCAUGAACUCCCCCCGUCUUCUCUGUUCACCACGUCAGUCCUCCCCCAUUUCGGCAGCUCCCAUCUAAAACCGUAAAUAUAGCAGGGAAAGAAGAAGAAGAGAGGAUUUGAAAUGGCGACAGUACCAGGACAACUGAUAUGGGAGAUAGUUAAGAAGAAUAACUCAUUUUUGGUGAAGCAGUUUGGAAGAGGAACUGCUAGCCUUCAGUUUAGCAAAGAAAACAACAAUCUCUACAACCUUAACUCUUACAAGCAUUCUGGGUUGGCAAACAAGAAAACUGUCACUAUUCAGCCUGCGGACAAGGAUCAAGCUGUGGUUCUUGCUACAACCAAGACCAAGAAGCAGAACAAACCUGCAGCUUUGCUUCACAAGUCUGUCAUGAAGAAGGAGUUCAGCCGCAUGGCCAAGGCUGUGGAAAACCAGGUGGCAGAUAACAAUUACAGGCCUGAUCUGAAGAAAGCAGCCCUUGCAAGGUUGAGUGUGGUGCACAGGAGUCUGAAGGUAUCCAAGUCUGGUGUCAAGAAGAGGAAUCGACAAGCUUUGAGGAAAUGAUUUGAGAGUCCAAUAAAUAAGCAAUGUUGUGCUGGACAAUUGACACCAAAAUCUUUAUUUUUGAUGACCUUUUUCUUGGGUGCUCUGGGAUGUUUAUUUAAGUUUUAGAUGUCGAACUAUAGAGAUUUGUGAUUUUUCCAUGAUAAUUUCGUUUGCAGUUUUGGAUGGUUGAGGCUAAGAUUUCUCCACUAAUAUAUGUAGUCAAUUACAUCUACAACUACA